AAAGCCUUUACUAGAAGUUUGUAUUCAUAGUAAUAGUAAUCACAGCUAUUAUUAACAAUCAUUUUAUGCAUUCACUAAUUGAGUGUAUCAUUGAUUGGGAGAAACAAAUCAGAGGUUUAUUUGUUUUGUUGUUUCCAUUGUUUGGUUACUUUUGUUAGUUUUUCAUGUGUUUGUGUCCUUCACUUGUCUGCACAUCCAGUCAUUGAUUAGCAUUGCAUUGCAUUUGCAUUCAAUAUCAUUAUAUCAGUCGCUCAUUACUGUUGCCGAAGACAUGGCCGACGCCGUCGACAUCAAAGCCAUUGACCAACAGUGGAAAGUACUCGACAGUGAGUACCAGACUCUUGAGGAAGGCCACAAGAAUUACAACAACUCUAUCGUUGAGUUCACAAAAUUGCAGAACAAAUGUCUCAAAGAUAUAACUCAUCAAAACUAUAGGAUUUCUCAAUUGAAACAAUUGAUCCAAAAAUGCGUGACAAAUGGCGAAGAAGAAGAGCGCCUGAAAGAGGAUCUGUUGAAACAAAUGGGUUCGCGAAGAGCGCACGUCAGAGAAAUUGGGGAAUCGUUGCCAAAGCCUAAUGGUUUGUAUCUGAAUAUCGUGUUGGGAAGCAUUAACGCCACACUUCUGGACAACGAACAACGGUUCCGAUACAAAGAGCAGUACGAGAUGUUUAAACUGGUGGUCACUUCUGUCAUACUAGUGGUCAGUCUAUUGGAUCUGAUAUUCCAGUCGAGAGUGUGUGACGCUGUGUUGCAUUUCCUGUUGGUGUGGUAUCACUGCACUCUUACCAUAAGGGAAAGCAUUCUAGUGGUCAACGGGUCCCGAAUCAAGGGCUGGUGGCGGACACUUCACUUUCUGACCACCGUUUUGGCCGGCGUUAUGGUUGUCUGGCCCGACGGCUCGAGUUAUACGAAAUUCCGGAUACAAUUCCUGUCUUACAUCUGUUACUCGAGUUUCCUUCAAUUCCUGCAAUACUACUAUCAAUACGGAUGUCUGUAUCGGUUGCGAGCGUUGGGCGAGCGCUACGAUAUGGACAUUACGAUACAGGGCUUCCACUCGUGGAUGUGGAGAGGACUCGGAUUUCUGCUACCAUUCCUGUACUUCGGAUACGUAUUCCAGUUCUACAACGCGUAUACGCUGUACAACAUGUAUACGCAAGACGUGUCAUGUGUUGAAUGGCAGGUGCCGGCUGUCGCCGCCCUGUAUUUUGCCAUCUUUUUAGGCAACACUUUAACCACAUCUCUGGUGAUCCAACAGAAGCUGACGGGAAAGUUAGUCGUCAAACCAAAAAUGAAAUGAAACGCUUUAUAGGCAACAAAAAACAACAAUUAUUUUGUUUGAAUGGAAAAAAUCUCUGUUUAAUUGUUUUAGCGUUUCUUUUGUUUGUUUUUUAAAAUUAAAUGAGAAAAUGAUUGAAUUUUAUAUACGAAUACAAACUACGGUUAAUAUACUUUAUAUGAACUCAAAUUAAGACUCAAAAUAGAUUUAUAAUUAUAAAACUGUUGUCCAAUUGUUUUUUAUUUACUGUACUCUCAACUGUUGGGGC